UACCUAAUACUCUGGUGGCUUACAAUUGAAGCUUUGGAAUCAUUUCAACAACCCGGUCCAGCAAGAUUUGUCAUAAUACCAACGGACGAACGACGCAUGAUGAAUCCGAGAUUUGCUCCAAUCGUAAGAGACUAAACCUAACCAAACUAUGCGCAUACCUAAGUGCGUCAUCCUUCACUUACCUACACCACAUUUAAGCCGAGCAGUCGGGGUUUCAACCGCCGUCCCGCAUGGCGAGUGAGGCUAGAUACCCGCGAGUUCGGUAUCGUUUCAGAAAGCAAUCAUCCUAUUCAUCAUUGAUAUUUCAGAAACAUGUCUCACCCUCCCCAAAUCGAAUACCAAAAGGACGGUCGUUUUACAAGACCUGAUAGCACAUUCCGCGAUUUCAUCUCUGCAGACCCUAACUCAAAAUUCCCUGCUGAGAAAGGUCGCUAUGUGCUGUAUAUUUCCGGCGGCUGUCCGUGGGCGCAUCGCACCAAUAUCGUGCGCUCCUUAAAGCGCCUUGAAGAUAUCAUUGAUUUAUAUUACCUGAGCUCAUCCAUGAGCGACAAGGGUUGGUGGUUCGACGGCUCGAAUGGUAGUCUAUCGAAAGACCCGUUAUACGGCUUUAAGUAUCUACGAGAACUGUACUUCAAAGUUGAUCCCAACUUCAACGGCAGGUUUACCGUGCCGGUCCUAUGGGACAAGAAGACCGAAACCAUCGUCAACAAUGAGUCUAGCGAGAUUAUCCGCAUGUUGUACUCUGCGUUUGAUGCUCUUAUCCCCGAGGAGUUCCGGGAGGUUAAUAAACCCGGAGGCGGCCUUUACCCGGAACACUUGCGCAAGGAGAUCGACGAGAUCAACGAAUGGGUCUAUAACACGGUCAACAACGGCGUAUACAAGAGCGGAUUCGCCACCAAGCAGGAAUCCUACGAAGAGAAUGUCUACCCCUUAUUCGAAUCGCUCGACCGUCUCGAGGGCAUCUUAGCCGGCCAUGGAAAGCCCUUCCUACUCGGGGACCAGCUCACCGAAGCCGAUAUACGCUUAUACCCAACGAUAGUACGAUUCGACGCCGCGUACUACACUGUGUUCUUAUGUAACUUAAAGAGUAUCCGGCACGAUUAUCCGCACUUGAAUAAGUGGCUACGCCGGCUUUACUGGGACGAAGGCAGCAAAGUGACUGGUGGUGCCUUUCAUAAGACCAGCGCCCCGUGGAUUAACCUAUAUGCUCAAGGAUACGCUACCGCGAGGGCAAGGGUCGCUAAGAUCGAGGGUCCUAUCAUUGUUCCUCGGGGCCCGGCAGUGCCUGUCGAACCCUUGGCUGAGAAUGAGAAGAUAUGGUGAUUAUACCGUGCGUUUGGGCUAAACCAAUAACUAUGAAGUACCAGAGAUCGGAUCAAAAGAUCCAUAGUUGGACUGCGGAUCUAAAUGAUAUUCACAUCAUUAUUCGUUUCACUGCUUAACGAAAAUUAAAAUUAAAUCUAAUGCUUUGGAUGAAGAAGGGGAGGUAGCUUGCCCUAGGUACAAAUACCCAUCCAAGCGCACUUUAGGCAAUUUUCGUCCCGUAUUAUACUGAGGCUCGUGAACUUCACUUGUUCUCGUCAUUUGAUAUUUGAAUAAAGAUAUUAUACAUAUAUGUCCAUACACCU